UAGAAUCAAAUUGUGCGGUUAAGUUGAGGAGAAAUUGAAGUUGCGCCAACUAAUCUCGUACAUGCCAAAUCGCAUCUUCGCAUCUCGCCAACGAAUCUCUCUCUUUUGUCUUCGUUGCAUCAUAUAGCUUCAUUUUCGUUAACUUCUAAGCUUUCUCUCCUCGUGGGGGUCUCCGACGUCGGGAAUUCAUCCACCAUACUCUCUCUCCUUCAUAAUUUAGUGGAUUCCGUCCGCUAAUUUUCAUUUUUUUCCCUUGCUGCUGCUGGAGGGGACGAGGGUUUGCUUCUAACCCUCUCUAUUCCUCUGGGCUUCUUCCAAUUUUAGGAGAUGGAUUCGUACGAGGAAAUGACUGAGAAAUUUAAAACUACUGCUGAAACAAUGGAGGGCCAUCAUAAGUAUUCUUCGAAGGAGGGAAAGGGGAAAAGACUUUGGAAGAAGGUCAAGUAUCAGCUGGUUGAAUACCACGCUUUACCAGCUUACUUGAGGGAUAAUGAAUUCAUUCUAGGUCAUUACCGUGCCAACUGGCCUAUGAAGCAGACAUUGCUCAGCAUCUUUUCCAUUCACAACGAGACUCUUAAUGUUUGGACGCAUUUAAUUGGAUUUUUCCUCUUUCUCUCCUUGACCAUAUACACUGCAACGAAGAUUCCUGAUGUAGUUGACAUUCAUCCUCUUCAACGUUUGCCUGACAUGUUGAAGAAAGCUGAUAUGCACAAAUUGCGAGAAGAACUCUUGACGUGCCUUCCUUCCUUGCCUCACUUCCCUGAUCUGCAGAAACUCAGGGAGGAGUUGAAAACUGCAUUGCCUUCAAUGGAUAUGCUUUCAUCACUAUCUCGGUGGCAUGUCGUGGAACUUCUAUACAAUUGUUUACCAGAGCGAUUCUCCCAUGGAAAUCAAACGGAUGACUGUGUUCUGAGAAGUAUGAAGGAGGACGUUGCCAACAUGAUAGCACCCUUAGCUAUGAGACCAAUCACUCGGUGGCCUUUCUUCGCAUUCUUGGGUGGGGCCAUGUUUUGCCUGCUUGCCAGCAGCACCUGCCACCUUCUUUCCUGCCACUCUGAGCGUGUCUCAUACAUAAUGCUCAGACUUGACUAUGCCGGAAUUGCUGCCCUUAUAUCUACCUCUUUCUACCCCCCCGUUUACUACUCCUUCAUGUGCUACCCCUUCUUUUGCAGUCUCUAUAUGGGGUUCAUUACUCUCCUGGGAAUUGCAACUAUCUUGGUGUCUCUGCUGCCAAUGUUUCAAAGCCCCACAUAUCGCACUUUUCGGGCAUCCCUCUUCCUCGGCAUGGGCUUGUGCGGGAUUGCCCCUAUUCUACACAAGCUUAUCCUGUUCUGGGGCUCACCCGAAGCACUCCAUACAACAGGGUAUGAGAUACUGAUGGGGAUAUUUUAUGGUCUUGGAGCCCUCGUUUAUGCGGCAAGGAUUCCCGAGCGAUGGAUGCCUGGAAAAUUUGACAUUGCUGGCCACAGCCACCAACUAUUCCAUGUUCUAGUUGUUGCUGGGGCGUAUACUCAUUAUCAUGCAGGACUGGUUUACCUCAAGUGGCGUGACCUGCAAGGUUGUUAGAUUAGAAUUUCAACAAGCAUAGUGCACUGUUGGAAUGUAGUUAAAUAUUUUGGAUAUGUAUGUAUAUAAUAUGUAGCUGGACUUGGAAAAAAAGCUUACUCCCAGUCCCAACACUUCAGUGUAAGAUCAGAACCAGCUUCAUGCUUUUCCUACAAUAUGGUUGAAAGAUCGAUGAGAGGGUUCGUUCUCAAUGUUCAACUCCCACUAUUUUGAAAGGUUAAUUCUACAUUCUUGCAGUGCA